GAAAUUACCAUUUUACCCUCUCUCUUCCCCCAUUUCGUCUAUUUCUGUUUCUCCCCCAUUGUCUCACUUCUCGCCUUCGCCUUCCUCGUCUACCCAGUGCGUCUGCCUGCAAAUUCGAGCCACGCCCUCCCCCGCCGCUCUCUCUGCGCGGCUCUCCCUGCCCAUUGCGGAGACCCUUCUGCGAGAGACCUCGCAGAGAGAGCCUUAGGCCGUCGUUUCUUUUCCAGGUUUUCUUCGUUUCUUCGGGAUCAGGAACAUGGCCGUUUCCAGGAUUUCUCUCGGUGUUAUGGCUGUCAUCUCCGUUCUACUCUUCGCCAUCGCUUUGCCGGCCGCUCACGCCCAGGCUCCGGCGCCUCCCCCCAACAGCGACGGGACAACAAUUGAUCAAGGUAUUGCCUAUGUGCUGAUGCUGGUGGCGCUGGUGCUGACAUACCUCAUCCACACCAUGGAUGGCUCCUUCAGCUUCUAAUUAAUUUUGACAUAAUAAAAUUGAUAAAUUGUUUUACUA